AUACCACUCGGAAAGGUACGGUCGGCCGCAUGCUAGCAACUGUAUGCAGUGGCAUAGGCAAUUCCCAAUUGUACAGAUCACUAACGGAAACGAACGCAAACGCAGUUAGAAGUUAUUCGUGCGCACAGCCAAUAGACGGAUCAGCGGCUGGUAAUACGGAGCGCUGUUUAUGACGGUGUCGCGGACGGGAUUAUUAUUUUAUUUUAAUAAAGUGAGAAUUUGUUUUGAAAAAUAUUACAAAAAUUAUUCUACAAUACUGAAAUAUUAAGAAAUCAAUGUGAAGGGUUGUAUAUUCGAUAAAAGAGAAAACACCAGAAAUGCGACGGUAAACGAACGCAGUGAUUUUAAGUGAAAAAAAAUGUGAGCAAAAUGUAUGCUUACAAAAUAUAAAAAAAGCAAAAACAAAUUUAAAUAAAUAAAAAAAAAACAGUCACUUUGAUGUUUUAAGUGGUUUCGUAUAUAAGAAUUUAUGCAUAAACCAAAGUGGUUGAAAUAUUAAAUAAACUAAACGUAAACAAGCUCAGCGAACUGUUUUGCACCAACUCACAACAGUUUGAGUAGCACUUGUUUUUCUUACAACUUUACUCUACGUAAAGCGUCCAAAAACAGUGACAGUGACGCAUUUACAAAUCGAACUUUCGCGUAUUACUUUCAAUCCUUUUUAAGCCAUCAAAAUGAUGAUGAACGCUUUUAUCGAUCCCACGCCCUCCCAGCACCAUCUGGCUACUUAUGGGCUGCGUAUGUCACCGACUACGCCGACCAAUCAAUCGGAUUUACUGGGUGGCAGCGCGCAACAACAACAUGCACAGCAACAACAGCAGCAACAACAACAAGUGCAACAGCAGCAGCAACAACAAGCGCAACAGCAGCAAUCCCAACAACAACAGGCACAGCAAUUGGACACCAGCGGUCUGAUGUCCUCAGCAAUGUCGCUGGGCACCAGCGUCAGUGACAUGUCGUCGCCCGUAAGCGCGUCAGCCGCCAGUGCUGCCGCCUAUCAGAACAGCGGCUACAGCCACUUCAAUACACAACUCGGUUCGGCGUAUUCAUCACGUGAUUUUUUGCUUGGUCGCCGCACAGACAACGAUUACAUGACCGGUGCCGCAACAACGCAACUGGUCGGUCAAAGUGCCGCCACCACCGCUGCAACGGCCGACUCAAUGCUAUUUCCCUCAUUUCCCGCCACACAUGCUCAGCAUCCCGAUUUGACCACAUCCUUUGGCAAUCACCCCUUCCAUGCGGCGGCACAUCAUCAUGCCGCGGCCGCGCAUCAUCAUCAACAUCAGAUGCGCAUGGGCAUGGCCGACUAUGCGCAUCCGUAUGCACAUCACGCACAACAUCAUACAAAUUUUCCGUCGGUGCAUCAUCAUCAACAUCCCGCCAUGUCCAUGCAUCCAGCUGGUGCGGGCGCUUUUCUACGCUAUAUGCGCCACCAGCCGUCGGCAGCGUCUGCCAUUAAGCAAGAGAUGCAAUGCCUUUGGGUGGAUCCGGAUCAACCGGGCGGUCCGAACGGCCGCAAGACAUGCAAUAAGAUCUUUCACACCAUGCACGAUAUUGUCACCCAUCUAACGGUGGAGCAUGUCGGCGGACCAGAGUGCACAACGCAUGCCUGCUACUGGAUCGGUUGUUCGCGCAACGGUCGCCCCUUUAAAGCCAAAUACAAAUUGGUCAAUCAUAUACGCGUGCACACGGGCGAGAAACCGUUUGCCUGCCCGCAUCCCGGUUGCGGCAAGGUGUUCGCACGCAGCGAGAAUCUCAAGAUACACAAGCGGACGCAUACCGGUGAAAAACCCUUCAAAUGCGAACACGAGGGCUGUGAUCGCCGCUUCGCCAACUCUUCGGAUCGGAAGAAGCACUCGCAUGUGCACACAUCGGACAAACCGUACAAUUGUCGCAUCAAUGGCUGUGAUAAAUCUUAUACUCAUCCCUCAUCGCUGCGUAAACACAUGAAGGUGCAUGGCAAUAUCGAUGAGAAGUCUCCCUCACAUGGCUAUGAUAGCGACGGCGAUGAGUCCUCCUCGUCCAGCAUUGUGACCGGCGGCGCGCAAACACCACCGUCCGCACGCUUAAAUGUCGACAAUAACAACGGCAUCGGUAACAAGUCCUCACCGCACUCCAUUAAAUCGGAACCGAGCAAUCACAGUAUUGGCGGCAUGCAUGGCGUCAUACAUUUGGGUGCCUCGAGCGGUGGCAGCAGCUCCACGAGCAGUUCACAUCUACAUCACUCGCAUGCGCAUCACAGCACUAGCGGCGCUGGCAAUGGCGGCAGUGGUGGCGCGAACAACAAUAACAAUAACAACAGUCACUCAGCCAAAUCGCCAGCGUUACAAUUGAUGGCGUCCUCAGCCGCGGCAGCAUACUUAGCACCACCACUGGGACCACCGCCCUCACUAUCGGCAGCGGCCACACAUCACCAUCAUCAUCACCAGCAAGCGGCAUCGCCAGGCAGCAGUAAUGCGGCAGCCGCUUCAAUGCUUGUCACCGGUCAUCACAAUCAUCAUUUGCUUUAUCAUCCGGCGGCGCAACAUCAUCCGCCCAGCGAUUGGUAUCACACAGCAACACCGCCGGCCGCCGCUGAUGCAAUGAAUCCGCUCAAUCAUUUCGGUCAUCAUCAUCAUCAUCACCAUCUGAUGCAUCCGGGUGCCGCAACCGCCUAUUGAAAUUGGUGAACUGUGCAAGCGAGAGGGUGAGCGUAAGCACCGAAGAAGUUAAGGGCGAGAGCACUUGUUUGUGUGGCCCGUCGCACAUAUGUAUGUAUGUAUGUGUGUGCUAUGUGCUGGGCUGUGCAGUGUUAACGACUAUUGGCGAACUCUUUGUCGCUCAGCCGACUAAUGUGGUAAUCGUAGUGUGAGUAAUCAGUGGAAUUAAACCAAAUAUUUUUAGCUCUGCCGCACAUACACACAUACACAUACCAUAUAUACCAUCUAACGAACGGGCAUUGUAAUUGUAUUCAGCAAAAUGAUAUCGAGUUUUAACAUUUGGCACUGUAACAUACAUUUUUACCUUUAUAUAUGUCAAUACGUACAUAUAUGAUUGUCGAGCUUUAUAUUUUUGAGUGAAAAGUUAAGGUUUUAACUGCAAUAAAUUCGAAAAUGUUUUUGUCAUUUGUUUUGUGAUUCAAGAAAACAGUUUUUAUUUUAAAAUUUAUUAUGUUGCAAACAUGUCUUUUAUUUAGGCAAUCAGCGAAGUUUACAUACAUAUGUACAAAGGUGAAAAAUUAUUAACUAACUCCCUCAAGAGGGCAUAUUUCGAUUUAUCUGAACCAAAUAAAGUGGAAAGUGUUAUACAAUAAAAAAUAUGUAUGUAUAUAUAGAUACAUACAUUUCUUAUAUACAUUAUUUUUUUUUUAUUUCUAUGUCUAUACAAAAUUCACAUCACUUGCUUAACUUCAUUUCAUCUUGCCCAUAAUGGAUUUCCGAUAAAACUUUUUCGUGCAAUGAAAAGAAAUAAUUUUUUUUCCUGAACAAAAAUCCAAACCAUACUCAAAUUCUCACCGCCACUGUAGCAUAGUGGGGAAAAUCCCUCUAAAAUACGUAAGAAAAAAUGUCUGCCUUAAAUGUACUUUCUACGCCGCUUCAAAAGUAAAUAAAAUUUGUAAAUCAUCUGGCAUUAUAUUACAUAUACUUACGUAUGUA